UAUUCACAGAGAAAUAGUGAAAAGUAAUACUAACACAUGAAUGUUGGGUUUUUUUGUUGUAAUUUAAUUGUAUUUUUCUCUAUUUAAAUACUUAGAAUUGAUUUAACUAUUAUUUGCUCUUGUGCCAAUGUAUACCAUUGUCAAAGAGAUCCACAGUUCAACCACUGUGGAACACUCUAUAUACUGUCACUUUUUUAGCUUCAAAGAAAAAAAUUUAGUGAUAGCGUCUUUUAACCAGCUUAAGGUUUAUCGGUUGGUUGGUGAGGAAAAAACUGAUGUUUCGAAUCAAAACCAAGAGAUUGGUUCACCAUCUAUUGAUACUGACGGUGAAAAAUUAAACAAAGAAGACAAUGUUAAAGUCAAAUUAGAGUGUCUAAAAACCAUUCCUUUAUACAGCGAGAUAUGUUGUCUUAAAAGUAUUAAAUUAAUUGGAUCCAAGCGUGAUUCCCUAUUGAUCAGUUUUGCUGAUGCAAAGCUAGCUCUUGUUGAAUACGAUCCGGCUAACCAUGAUCUUAAAACACUCUCAUUGCAUUACUUCGAGGAGGAUGAUAUUAAAGGUGGUAGAACUCAAUAUCCACAAGGUCCAAUUAUACGGGUUGAUCCUGAUGGAAGGUGUGCAGCUAUGCUCAUUUAUGGUCGUACAUUAGUAAUUAUACCAUUUAGGAAAGAUUUAGGCGCAAUCGAAGAGACUGAGACAAGUGUUCCUGGACUUGGUAGAGAUAACAUAGGUAUUCCUAAUUCUGGAAACAACCUUUCGUCUGCAAACAAGCUUGACAAGAGUAAAACAACAAGCAAUGCCUCUGAAGGGGAUACAAACCAAGCUAAAUAUCCUGUUAUGGCCUCCUACAAGUUGAAUCUUAACGACAAACAGUAUGCUGAAGAAAAAAUUCACAAUAUAAUAGAUUUCCAAUUUCUUAAUGGUUACUAUGAGCCAACUUUAUUAAUUCUUCAUGAACCGGUUCGGACCUGGGCUGGUCGAGUUGCAGUCCGGCGUGAUACCUGUUCAAUGGUAACUUUAUCUCUGAAUGUUCACCAAAGAGUUCACCCUGUUAUAUGGUCUACUAGUCAUUUGCCAUUUGAUUGUUUUGCUGCCUUACCAGUACCUAAACCAGUCGGUGGAGUGAUAAUUUUUGCUGUUAAUUCUUUAAUCUAUCUUAAUCAAAGUGUACCUCCGUAUGCUGUAUCUCUUAAUAGUUUUGCUGAUUCUACUACCGCUUUCACUAAAAUAACACAAAAGGGAGUCAAGUUGUCCCUUGAUUGUUCUCAAGCAACUUUUGUUAGUAACGAUAAAAUUGUGUUGAGCUUAAAAGGCGGUGAACUUUAUGUGGUAACUCUUUUUAGCGAUGGAAUGAGAAGUAUUCGUGCUUUUCAUUUCGAUAAAUCAGCUUCAAGUGUUAUUUCAAGUUGUUUGACCACUUGUGAAGAAGGAUAUCUUUUCUUAGGAUCUCGACUCGGAAAUUCAUUGCUUCUUAAAUAUACUGAAAAAAUAGUUGAAGGUCGGCCCAAAGCAUUAAAUCUUACAACGGAUGCCGCAAUGAAUGAAGACGAUCCAAUGUUAGCCGGUUCUCCUGUACCUGAAGUACUGGGAGAAGCAAUCGAUCCCUUACCAGUAUCUUCAUCAACUCAGCCUAAUGAAAAUGUAUCAACUGAACCAGAAUCACAAAUGGACUUUGAAGAAAACACACCAGCGAAUGAAAACCCAACUGUAGUCGAAACUGAAGAAAAUCUCGGUGAGACUCAAGAGCCUGCAACUUCUAGCGAAAUAACUUCAGUAGUCAUUAAAACCGAACAAAUUGACGAAGCUACUUCAGUUAUGGAUGCUCGCACUGAUGAACAUCUAUUAGAACCAAAAGUAGAACCAGAAUCACAAGAGUCACAACCAACCUCUUCUAGUGUUUCUGCUAUUGAUUCCAACUUAAAUGCUGACUCGAGACAAGAAGCUGCAUCCAAUUACAAUGCAUCACCACCUUUGGAUGGAAAUGGCAAUAUUCCCGGUUUUGACAAUCCAUCCAAUGACUCGAAUGAUUCUAAUAAUAGUAAUCGAAUUAGGAAUAGUCCCGAGAAUCAAAUAAAUAACGAAAGUACUUCAGAUACUUUGUAUAAUAAUACUUUGGACAAUAGUAAUUUAGAUAAUAACACUAUGGAUGAUAGCAAUCUGUAUGGGACGCCUUCAGAAAAUCAAGUCAACUUUGUCAAUAAUGAUGAUCAACAUAUGACUGAUUUAGACGAAUCUCAGCAUCUCAUUGAUGAUUUUGAUGAAAUAGCCGAUAGAAAGCCUGAUGAUAUUGGUGAUUGGGCAGCUGGUGAUGUUGCCCUCAUGAAAGAUCCAGAUGAACUUGAAGUAUAUGGUCAAGAAGAAGAUGAUGAAGAUCAGCUUACAACCAGUUUCUCUUUCGAACUUUGUGAUUCUCUAAUCAAUAUUGGUCCCUGUGGACGAACCUGCAUGGGUGAACCCGCUUUUUUACCUGAAGAAUUCUCUCAUUCCGCUGAUCCUCAAGUAGAACUGGUAACUACCUCAGGCUAUGGUAAAAAUGGUGCUCUUUGUGUUAUCCAACGAUCUAUCAGACCUCAAUUGGUGACCACUUUUGGUUUGCCCAACUGUCUCGAUAUGUGGACAGUUCACAGUCCUAUCGCAGCCGUACUUGAAACUGAGGAAGAUGACAAUGAUCUCUACCAGAAUUUUCAACCCAAAGAUGAUAAAAGAUCAGCCAAAUAUCAUUCGUUCCUAAUUUUAAGUCGCACUGACUCUACCAUGAUCCUUAAGACCGGAGCAGAAAUCAAUGAAGUCGAUCAUAGUGACGUUUCGAGUCAAAGUCCUACUAUUUUCGCUGGUAAUCUCGCUGAUGGCAAAUAUAUACUUCAAGUUUCCCCAAUGACUGUUCGAUUAUUAGAAGGAACUAGACAAAUACAGCAUUUGCCACUGAAUCUGGGUUCUCCCAUCGUAUUUUGCUCGCUUGAGGAUCCAUAUGGAGUGAUUUUGACUGAACUUGGAGUUAUCGCACUUCUAACAUUGAAAAUAGAUCCAAAUACUGGUAACCCACGACUUGCUGCAUCGCGUCUAUCUUUGUCUCAAAGCAAAUCCAAAAUUACUACAAUUUGUAUUUACAAAGAUGUUAGUGGUAAAUUUACUACAACCACAACAGAAGCAUCAUUGGACUUGUCAAAUCAUACCUCUGUGGUCAAAUCUGAAAAAGACGGUUUAGACAUAUCGGAAGCAUCUCAAAUACCUCUUAUCGCUACAACUAUUGAUGAUGAAGAUGAACUUCUUUACGGAAGCUCAAGUAUCGAGAUGAUCAGCAGCUUACCUGAUAGCAGUCAGAAUAAGACAAAUUCUACUUUCACUGAACCGCCAGCAUCAACAUCAAGCCAACAAAAUGGUGAACAGUUAAUUGCCCCGAAACAAAUACCAACACAACCAGAAUAUGAACCAACUUAUUGGCUAUUCGCUGUUCGUGAAAAUGGUGUUCUUGAGAUAUUUCGCAUUCCUGAUGCUACACCAGUUUAUUAUGUUAAAAAUUUUCCGAUGGGUUCUAAAAUAUUAUCAGAUUCUGCUCCUGGGGAAGAAGUUAACCGAGCAGAUUCUGGAGUACUACCCGUCAACAGAGAGAUUAUGAUUUCUGGAAUGGGUCUAUCACAUUCUCGACCAAUUAUGUUUGCUCGAUUUGAUAAUGAAAUUCUCAUUUAUGAAAUGUUUCCCUAUCAUGAGACUCAUAUUGUUGGCCAUUUGAUGAUUCGUUGGCGGCGUAAAGAAACUACUUUAAUUGUCAGAGAACCUCGACUAGUUAGAACGAAUAAAUCAUCACCCACCCGAGGAAGUGCUGCAACAAACUCUUCUCAACGUCCUACCUCUAAUGGUUUAAACUCAGAUCUUUUAUCAUCACUGCCUUCAACUUCAUCUUCAUCUAAUGUUUUGGACCGUGAAACAAUGCACCAAAGAUGGUUCCGUACAUUUACUGAUGUGUCUGGUUACUCUGGAGUCUUCAUCUGCGGACCGUAUCCUCACUGGUGUUUCAUGACCUCAAGAGGUGAACUUCGCAUCCAUGAAAUGAAUAUUGACGGUCCUGUCAUCUCUUUUGCCCCUUUCCAUAACGUCAACUGUCCUAAAGGUUUUCUGUAUAUAAAUGCCAAAAGUGAACUUCGGAUUGCUGUUUUACCUACCCAUGUUACUUAUGAUGCACCUUGGCCUGUUCGUAAAGUUCCCCUCCGAUGUACAAUAGAUUUUGUAAAUUAUCACGUCGACUCCAAAUGUUACUGUGUUGUUACUUCAACUCAAGAAGCUUAUAACAAGGUUGUUCGAGUUGGUGGUGAGGAUAAAGAUUACGAUGUCUUAGAACGUGACCCAAGAUAUAUCUGGCCCACUAUGGAAAGAUUUCACAUUCAACUGUUUUCGCCAGUUUCAUGGGAAAUGAUUCCUAACACAAAGAUUACACUCGAUGAGUGGGAACAUGUGACUUGUCUUAAAAAUGUUAUGCUUAACUCAGAAGGAACUGAGAGUGGUUUAAAGGGUUAUAUUGCUGCUGGUACUAAUUACUGUUAUGGUGAAGAUGUCACUAACCGAGGAAGAAUAUGGAUUCUCGACAUUAUCGACGUUGUCCCUGAACUCGGGCAACCUUUGACUCGAAGUAAAAUCAAAAUUGUUUACUGUAAAGAACAGAAAGGACCAGUUACAGCAAUAUGUCAAAUCCGUGGUUUACUUCUAAGUGCAGUUGGUCAGAAAAUUUAUAUCUGGCAACUAAAGGAAUCUCAGCUUGUUGGUGUUGCCUUCAUUGAUACUCAAAUUUACAUUCAUCAAGCAGUUUCUGUUAAAAAUUUGAUUCUUAUUGCCGAUGUGUACAAGUCGAUAUCUCUGCUUCGUUACCAAGAAGAUACACGAACUUUAGCUUUAGCAAGUCGAGAUUGUCGAUCAUUCGAGGUAUACGCAUGUGAAUUUCUUGUGGAUAACAAUCAACUGUGUUUCCUAGUAGCUGAUGGUGAUAAAAAUCUUCUAGUGUACAAUUAUAAUCCCGAGUCACGAGAAAGCGUUGGCGGUACAAGAUUACUUCGACGAGGUGACUAUCACCUUGGAUCUUUGGUAAAUUGUUUUUUCCGUGUUCGCUGUAAAUAUCCAUCACAUGUUUCUUCAUUCUUCACUUUCUGUUCAUCUUCAUCUUCAUCCUCAUCUGUAAACAAUAAAAAUAAUGAACCAACGAUAGAUCAAGAGGCAAAGAAAGCUAUUGAGCGUCGUCAAGCAACAGUUUUCCCAACUCUGGAUGGAACAAUCAACUUCAUCUUACCCGUCCCAGAGAAAACGUAUCGUAGAUUAUUUAUGCUUCAAAAUACGAUGAACGCACAUGUUCAACAUACUGCCGGAGUCAAUCCCAAAGGUGUACAUAUGGUUAAAUUUUAUAAAAAAUGUUUGACCAAUCCGUGUAAAAAUGUAUUAGAUGGAGAUCUCCUUUAUCGUUUCUAUAAUCUUUCAAUAAGUGAAAAGGCUGAGCUUUGUAAGAAAAUUAGUUCAACUCCUGAUCAGAUUAUCGAUGACCUCCAGGAGAUUGAUCAAAUAACUGCUCAUUUUUAAAAAUAAGAGUUGUUAGCAUUUGUUACACCAUAAUUAUAAAUAUAACUAUUUUUACACCACUUUGAGUAUUGAGGUCAUAAUGAUUAAAUUACCUCUUAUCUCCAAUUGAACUGGUCUGAACUUUUAUGAAUUACAUUUUAUCCCAUGGAUAUCAUAAUUAUGAAUGAAUUAACUCUUGGUAACAAUGUUGAUGACUAUAUUAAUGAACUGCUGUAACAGAUUGUAUCACCACUAUUCAAUUUAGUGUUGAAUCUCAAGAGUUUAUAGAGAUUGCUUGAUGAAUUGAACUGAAUCAUCUUAUUUGACUCAACACAAACAAAUUAAAAAUCUUUUAAUUGUAAUGACCACCAACCAAAGUAUAAAAAUUCAAAAACGAAUCUGAUGUAUUUUAUGUAAUUAUUAUAACUUUUAUUCCUGAUCAA